GUGCAGCUCACUUAAGCAUGUGCAGAGUGCGCUUUAUAGUUUUCAGCACUCAUCGAGCGGUAUCUCUCUCUUGCGCGCGCGCACGUAACCCCGAGAUGAGUUGGUUGGCGUGUCAGCGCUAGACCUGGGGACAACCGUUAUUACCAUUUCUUAGCCUGACCCGCCUCAAAGGGGGGUUGGGAGAAUCUAAAUUUGCGGGAGAGGAAGAGGAAGUGGGGGGCGGUAGGGACUACAUAGGCUGCGCAAAACUCUGCUUGGAAGAUGAGUGGAAUUCUAUAGAUCGAUGCAUAUGCAGGUGGUGUGUGUUAUCUCAUAUAAAUCUAGAGCAGGGUUUUCAGUACAAAUAUAGACCCUCAACGCUUUUAGGACUCAUUUAUGAAACUUCUGGUUUGGCUUUUUGGAAAUGGAGAGCCCCUGAACUGGUUGCUGAAGUGUCUGAUAGCGCCCCGCGGUGGGGAUCAUGGAAACAAGCAAAGCACGUGGCUUUCCCCAAAGAAUCCCAGGAAAUGUACUGCUUACAGACAUUCAGCACCCUUAAGAAACUAGUCCCCAGGGUUCUUUGCGGGAUGUCAACGUGCUUUCAGUGUAUGUUGUAUACACAGCCAUGGACAAUUUUCUCCAUUGCCUUGGCACUUCACCCUCCCCCCCCUUUCCCCUCAUUAACCUGUGAAACAGGACACACCUAGGAAAAACAGAAUAAAAACCUAAGACACAAGACCUUUGAAAUGCCCUAGGGGCAUGGAGUUAUUUACUCCGGGCACCUUUUUAUUUUAGUUGAAUCAAUAUGUAGGUUAUGUUAUAUCAGGCAUGUCCAAAGUCUGUUUCGGGGGACUAAAAAAAAUGUCAACAACUUUGGUUGGCCCCCACGGCCCUUCACUUCAUCAAGUCUGGCCCCCUUUGAAAAAAGUUUGGGACACCUCUGUGUUAUAUAAAGCACAUGAAGUACCUUGAAUUGGUGGGUCAACGUCUGUGGUAUCAUGCGUAAGCCUUUGAAAUGACUACAGUUCCAGCAGCUAGACAGCAGAUGGCACACCUAUGCUUUCUGGAGGUAGUGCGGUCACUUGGUAGCUAAUACACUCCUUAAGAGUACAACCCAACGAUAUCGGAUGCCUCUUAGUAUUUCAGAAGACUCCCAACCAUGGCAACAAAAGAUCGAGCAAAUGAGAGGCUAGUUAGCGUCACACACAAAUACACAAACUGCCUGGCUUCUGGUCUUACUCAAAUCUUUUUUUAAUACUGUACUUUAAAGUCCCAAUUAUCCACCCCUUAGGGGAGAACGUUAUGCUACAGCUGGAAGAAUGCAUUCAUAUUCUCUCCCAUGAAUUCCCUCCUGCAAAUAGAAAGCUGUCAUUUCAGGGACGAUUAAUCCAUGUAAAAAUGUGGAAGUAGUUUCUGGAUUUGUAGAAGAGUGUAUACAAUGAAAUAAAAUCCAGAGCAGUAGCUAUGUUAGUCUUUUGCUGAUUGUUACUACCAUUGUCUUUUAUCUGAUAUCCCUGACUCUCCCAUAAUUGCCUGAAAACUGAACCUCUUUAUUGCCGUUGUAAACCAAGUGUUAACAAGUUUUUUCUCGUUAAGGAAAUUUGUUGAUUCUUAAUUGUUACAAAUGCCCAUAAAAUCUUCCUUCUUUGGUGAUCACUCGUAGCCUAGUAGGAGUGUCUUCCAUGAACACGGUCUUAACAGUGAGUCUGUAAGUGACUGUGGAGGCCAAUUCUGGAUCCACACAUCCUUCCACGGUGGGGACAUAGGCUUCCGGACGCAAAUUGAUCAUGGUGAGGGUUUGCCAAAUGUGCCUUCCUCUUAGCACCUUUCUCCCUUUCGUCCUGAGUUCGAGCAUCUUCAAAGUCCAUGACACCUUUGGUAAAGGCUGUUCUCCAAUUGGAGCGCUCACAGGCCGGUGUUUCUAAGUUGUCAGUGUUUAUACUACAUUUUGGAGAUCAAAGCUGGAAUAGAUUCUCACAUUGCUUUGUUCUCAAGUGACAGCUGUAACCAAGAAUCAAAUAUGGGACUGGCAUCUCUAUUUCACGCUUUAGGAUUGCAGCUGGAGAUGCUGCGCAUUGUCCAUCUCCCCCACCCCGCAGCACCACUGCCUACCUGCUAAAUGACUGCCUCAUACACCACAGUGGUCAGCCCUGUGUAUCAGUCAGACAGGGGCAGGGGCCUGUCUGGAAUUUCUCCCACCACUCAGAAACCACAAUCAGCAUCCCAUUUUAAUUGAGGAAGAGCAUUCAGGUUUGUGUACCUUACAGAGAGAGACAGAGAUGUGCAUGUUGUCUCUAAUACCUUUGUUUCACUUUGGGUGCUGAAGGCAUCAUGCUUUUCCUGGGAGAAAGGUGGAGUGGGGGCUGUGGCGUCUGAUCCAAGGUAAAAAGGAAACAGAGCAGAAGAGGGAAAGGACAAGUGAGGUUGGAUAGUUUGAGAUGGGUGCAGCGGCAUAGCUAGCCGCUUGGGUGCUGGGUGCGGCGUGUGCUUCCUGCAAUUGGGGGUGGGGCAUGUUGCAUGGAGCCUCUCCGCUGCCUCCCCCUCAGCUGUAGGGUGGUUGAGGGAGAGGUGGUGGGCAGACGCAAGUCCCACGCUGCUGUUUCAGGCAGCGCGGAGACUGUAGGCCUCUAAGCCACCAUGUCACUCCCAAGAGAGACGCAUGGCUUGGGCACACUGCAGGCCCCGUGGUAAGUGCCGGGCCCCGCAAUGUGGUGCCUAGUGCCAGCCGCAUUUUGUUACAUUUGUUGACUGAACUAAAAAGUUUUGUGAGCCCAAUUUUUAAAUUAUUUUUAAAAAUUAUUUUUAAAAACUCGUCUUUUUGUCAUUUUGUCACCCCCCUCAGUGAUGACACGCACCCCCCGCAUCCCUUUCCUCUCUCACUGGAUGGGAGAAAAGGACAGGAGAAGGCCAUGACUAGAAGAGAAUGUUUGGACAGGUUAGGCAGAGUUGUGCAUGUGCAUGAGACUUCAGGGGAAACCAGGGUUAAUAAGUGAAGGAAGCCUGAAGGAACAUUCAGCACCAUAAAAGAGGGAAAGCCUUUGUGUACAAGCCCAUGACGACCACCAAUAGCUCCUUGCUCUGCACUCAUCUCUGUUGGGAAAUCACACAAACGUGGCAUCCAUGCAGGCAACAGUUUCUGUGGAACUGAAACUAGAUGUUAGUGCUGCUGUUAGAGCAUUGGGGGAUCUCCACUGAAACACUAUUCCGCUAUUCUCAGGGUUAACCAUCCAUCUUGCUCUCUAAGCUUGUGUAAAUGUCUAUACAUAAUGCAAUGGUCAAUACACUUCCAAGAAGCCUAGCUUGUUUUGGGGGGAGCAGCUGUGUUUGCAUGUGUGGCGUGGAGGCAUUUUGCAGGCAAUAUUUUUUAAAAAGAGGAAGAGAUUUAUGGCUAAUAAGUUUUAUUUCCUAAUUAUUGUAUCCGUCAGAGCCUGCAGGGGUUCAGCGAAUCCCAGAAACUCUGACAGGCCUGCUACCUUCCUACCACAUCUGGGGGCGUGUGUGUGUGUCACACUAGCACAGUUAAUGGAAAGGAAACCGGUUCCCUUAUAUGAGAAUUUUCCGUUUCUUCAGGGUGUGGUCUCAAUGUCACCCGAUUCAAAAGACACAUCAAAAAGAAAGUGCUUCUGCUGCAGAAAUAAAAAGGAAGUUCUUAGGUGACAGGACCCAGGGGGUUCCCGAAACACAGAGUGAUGACACGCAUUGAAAUCACUGUGGCCUGGCAAUGAGGAUUUCCCCCUUGUCUGGCAACCUUUAUAAAGAGAGGGAGGGAGGAAGAGACAAACACAGGCAAACCAAGAUGAAGGGAAACCUUGUGGAGUCCUUGUGCUUCAUGCUAUUUUUCAUGAUGUCUGUCCUGAUACUGAACGUGCUGUCUGUGAGGCUGUGGAAGGUUUGUAUCUUUGCAUUUGCUGAGGGGGUAGAGGUCAUCGCGACAACAGGGGAUUAAGGCUGUGCGGAUGGUAGUUAAUGCUAGAACUACUCAAAGUAGAUCCAUUGAAGCCUAUUAAUAUACUGUACACGACCAACAUAGGUUUAUUUGUUUCAUUGGGUCUACUCUCAAAGGAACUUCACUGGUUGCAAUCUGAUGCAUGCAAUUUUUGUUCUUUACCAACACCCUGGUAUGGGCAAGUGGGAAAGCUGUACAAAGAAAGAGCUAAUUGGAGGGAAAGGGGAUUAUUGAGAAAUCAUAGGAGAGUUUCACUCUGGCAAUGUGGCCCGAUAACAGGGUCAAAACAUGUCUCGUAUAGUAACUUUUUACUUGGCAAGGUAAGUGUGUAAGACAAGGUCUACUGCAGUGGUUUUCAACCAGUGUGCUGUGACACCCUGGGGUGCCUUGAAUGAUGGUCAGGGGUGCCGCAAGGCAACACUGGUCUCUGCCCCUCUUUCCUUCCCUCCCUCUGAUGCCCUCUCGUGCUUCUGCCUCCCAAAGACUUAGGUACACGGCUGUUUGUUGCAGCAGCCCUGGCUACAAGCUCCCUAGGUGAAUGGUGUCUCUGGGAGGCACCUCUCUUUGGGGUGGGGGGGGGCAGCUCAGAGACCAGCUGCCUGGAGGACUCCCAAGGAGAGGGGAGAAGAGGCUGAAGGAACACCCCACAAGGGAAGGUGGUUGAAAAGGGGUGAGGGGCUGCCAGUUCUGCAGGCAAACUGUGACGUAACCAUGCUUUUGAGGCUCUUACUUGCCUUUUAUCUAAACUAAAAACACCUCAAACAUUGCAACCUUUCCUCAAAGGUAAGUUGCUCCAUCCGCCAACAUUAAUUAAUAACUUUGGUUGUACUUUUCUGCAUCCUUUUCCCACCUCUACUUUUUUUAAAAAAGCAGUGUUAUUAAAGAGUUAAUAAUGUGAGGUCUGACAUAAUUAUUUCACAGCAUCUCCAGCAUCUCUAGCUGUUCCCGUGGCCAAAUUCCUCCCAAACUGAUUAAGACUAGAGAAGCAGCAUACGCUUAUUUCAUUCGAGUUUUUUUGGGAUUUCUUCCAGGGUUUCACCCCAACUCCUAACUUCCUUUCCCAUCAAAGAAGCUGGGCAUUGUCCUGUGUUGCGGAAUCCAGUAGUGGGGCCUAUCACCAUGUAAGUAUAUUUUGUGCAUCUGUGGCACACGGCUGUUAAGCUUAAAAUGGCAACUAAAGUCUUCUUGUGAGAUAAUUUCAUAUUGCAUUUAAAGGACAAUGAAACGUGUGCAUAUUUCAUAUGUGGGCUGGGAAAAUCUAUGGUGUAUUUUUAAUUUUUAAAUACCGUAGUUAGCACAUGUUUCUUGCGUGUUUGAUGGGCCGUAACAGGGCUCUUAAUCACUCCAGGUAAAUAGGUACUGCUGCGACAGGAAGGUAAAAGGCAUUUCCAUGCGCUCUGGUUUCUGUCACGGUGUCCUGUUGCGCCAGAAGCAGUAUAGUCAUGCUGGCCACAUGACCCGGAAAGCUGUCUGUGGACAAAUGCUGGCUCCCUUGGCCUGGAAGCGAGAUGAGCGCUGCAACCCUUUGACUGGACUUAACCGUCCAGGGGUCCUUUACCUUCCCUUUACAUUUUAUCUAUAGUGGAGACAUAACAGAAAAGAAACAGCUGGCAAUGUUGAGGUCCAGUGAGCGCCACUGGAAAGUGUAGUAGCACCCUUUGUGUGCUAAAGGUGAUAGUUGUCGUCAAGAGGCAAAAGGCCCAUCCAUUUGACAUCUGUGGGAGGGAUCUUAUUUCCCUUCUCAUCCCCUAGUCUCAAACUAAUUAUGACAUCAAACAUUCACAUAGAAGAAGAGAAGAGUUUGGAUUUGAUAUCCCGCUUUAUCACUACCCGAAGGAGUCUCAAAGCAGCUAACAUUCUCCUUUCCCUUCUUCCCCCACAACAAACACUCUGUGAGGUGAGCGGGGCUGAGAGACUUCAAAGACGUGUGACUAGCCCAAGGUCACCCAGCAGCUGCAUGUGGAGGAGCGGGGAAGCGAACCUGGUUCACCAGAUUACGAAUCUACCGCUCUUAACCACUACACCACACUGGCUCUCAUAAUGAAACUCUUUCUUGACCUGACCUGGAUUCUGUUUUCUUUCAGCAACAAAGCAACAUAUGGAGGCCCCUUGUGUUCUGCUUCCAUGGGCAGAAACCACGCUUCAGCUGGGAGAGCCAGAAAAGUUAUGGAGGAGACACACCCACCCUGACCACCUUCCUUUUUUCCUGAGAAAACCCUGGCUGUUUCUUUAAGAGAUGAAGAACAACUUCCAUGUUUCAUUUUGCUUCUGAAAUCGCUCUGUGACAAGGAGUCACAUCUUCAUUGCUAAUGACUGAUCUCGAACUUCCCCCAGGGGUCUUGUUCUACUAGAUAAAGGGAGAGAGGGAAUUCACUGCAUACUUCGCUUAAUUUGUUUGGAAACCAGCUGCAUACUGCAAUACCCACCAGUGCUAUAAUGCAGUACGUAAGACCAUUCAGAAAGCAUAGCGAAAUCACGGUGUUACGUGCAGCCACAGAGUAAAAGAAGGAAAAGCUCAGGGUAGGUCAUCAAAGGCGAGGAGGAAGAGUAGUAGCUUUAUAACAAAACAGAACCAAGAUCAAAUUCUGCUGGCGUGGGGAGCUGCAGUCAGAAAAGAAAAGUGUUACGCACCAACUUCUGCGGUUCAGUAUCAUGGUUGGGAGGUGCCCUAAUAAAGCUCCCGUAAAAGCAAACACAUCCUAGAUGCAUUCCAACUUGUAGGAUUUGAAGUUUUGAAUUUCUAUGGCAUCAAUACCUGUUUUGAAUCGGAAAUAAAGCAGAUGAGAAAUCUAAUGUGUGGG